CAGAGUUACUUUAUGGAACUGGAGAAGUGCAGCGGGAAAGGCUGCUGACGGACUGUGAUGGAAAAGACCUUACGGAGCUGCCUGCCCUGUCUGCGGGCGCUCUGGGACCGUCUUUGGCCCGAGCCUCCGCCCGCAAACUCCCCUCCAACUCGGCGUCAGAUCGCUGUCAUCUCGGGCCCCUUGGUGGACCCCAAACCGUCCGCCUUAAACCCAACCCCAGUGGCGCCUCGCGAACCAGGACCUGUCUACACCGCUCUGUACGAUUUCCAGGCCAGGUCGCCAGAAGAGCUGUCCCUGAAACGGGGCGAGAAACUGAGAGUCAUCCGAGAUGAAGGGGACUAUCUGUUCGCACGGAAAGCUGCCGGUUCCGCCGAGGGCUUGGUUCCCACCAAUUAUGUGAAAGUCAUUGAGAACUUUGCAAAUGAACCGUGGUAUUUUGGAAGGAUAUCAAGAGCCAACGCAGAAAAAUUGCUGCAAUCUGCAGAAAAUCAAAAUGGAACUUUCCUGGUUCGUACAAGUGAGACUACUAACAGUGAUUUUUCAAUAUCAGCUUUAAAUGAUAAAGUCUAUCACUUUCGGGUAUUUACCUCACCUGAUGAGGGAAUGUUUUAUCUUCAUGAGGAUAAGAAGUUUCCGACAAUUAAUGACCUCUUGGAAUUCUACAAGACAAAUUGGAAGGCCCUUGGGUUUUUGUUAACAAAACCUUGCACAAAGCAGACUGUUUAUAAACCUGACCAAUGGGAAACGCCAAGGGAAGAAUUUACUUUGUUGCGAAAACUGGGAGAAGGUCAUUUUGCAGAAGUCUGGGAAGGUGUUUGGAAGAAUAAUCAACAUGUAGCAAUCAAAAUGAUUAAAAAAGAUGAUAUGAUCGAGGAUGAGUUUAUUAAAGAAGUACAAGUUAUGAAGAAUUUCAGCCAUCCGAAGAUAAUCCAGCUACUUGCUAUUUGUUCAGUUGAGGAACCUGUAUACAUUGUGACAGAACUCCUGACUAAAGGAAACCUCCGGGAAUACUUACGUGGUGAUGAAGGAACGUCAUUAACAACUACUCACCAUCUAUACAUAGCUAGUCAAGUGGCUGAUGGAAUGGCUUAUUUAGAAUACCAUAAGUUUAUCCACCGGGAUUUGGCUGCAAGAAAUGUACUGGUUGGAGAAGAGCUCAACUGCAAAGUUGCAGACUUUGGAUUAGCAAGAUUAAUCCGGGAUGACAUAUAUCAUCUCCGUUCUGGGACCAAAAUGCCUAUAAAAUGGACAGCACCAGAGGCUGCAAACUAUCAGAGAUUUUCAAUAAAAUCAGAUGUAUGGUCUUUCGGUAUUCUUCUGUACGAAAUAGUGACAUAUGGCAAAGAUCCUUAUGAGCGAAUGACAAACACAGAAGCCAUGGAUCAAAUAAACUGUGGAUAUAGAAUGCCUUGUCCAAAAAACUGUACCCAAGACAUAUAUGGAAUAAUGCUUAGGUGCUGGAAUGAGUCUGAGGAGAGCCGACCCUCAUUUCAUACUCUUUCUGACGAACUGAAUUCAUUGUAUGCUUUAUAUUAUUACAAAAACUAAGACCAAGCUCAGUAAGGACGCAACAGAUAUUGCUGCUACUGGUGUAGUGCCGGAUGCAACUGCAUUUGAAUCAAUUCUUAAAAACAAUAUUGUGUGGCAAUGGACUUCUUACAACUUUUGUUACAAUAGCAUAAUAAGUGAACUAAUUACCUCAAAAAUACAAUUGGUAAAAUGGGGAAAAAGAUUUAGAGCACUGGUAUGACAUUCUUCUGUGCAAUAUUUCAACAGCGCUGUUAAUAAACAGAAAAUGCUAGCAGAGAAAAGAACAUUGUACAAAUGUAAGAUAAUAAAGUGUGAAUCUGGA